AUGUUGCAGACUACAGUUCAAGUCUUAAUAGCGCUGCUACUAGCUACCACAUGUGUGGCCCAUCCUGCUCCAAUACCUACCAUAGCGCCCGCUCCACACGAAGUUGAAGAGGCCUUCAAAGAGCGUGAAAUUGAGAAGCGUGCUGCGACCUGUACCUUCUCGGGAUCACUUGGCUACUCAUCAGCCAGCGUGUCGAAGGCAUCAUGCUCAACCAUUAUUCUCGACGCCUUAACAGUGCCGGCGGGCAAGACGCUGGACCUGACGGAUCUACCAGACAGCACCGUCGUAAUUUUCGAAGGCGAGACAUCAUUUGCGUACAGCGAGUGGGAAGGCCCGCUCUUCGCUGUCAGCGGCACUGAUAUCACAGUUGCUGGCGAGGCCAGCGGCGGUUCAAUCCUCAAUGGCAACGGUGCUUCCUAUUGGGACGGGGGUGGUGGCAGUAGCGGUGUUACCAAACCUAAAUUCUUCCAGGCUCACGACUUGACCGACUCGCUCAUCGAAACACUUACAAUUCUCAACCCCCCAGUGCAAGUCUUUAGCAUCAAUGGUGCUAGCAACCUUGAGCUAGCUUACAUUACUAUUGACGCCUCGGCUGGAGAUUCAUUGGGCAAGAACACGGAUGGUUUUGAUAUUGGCUCCUCGGAUACUGUUACUAUUGGCAAGUUAUUUCCAACCAAUCAUAAUUAUAUUUUUGUGCACCAAUUGAAGCCAAUACUAACUAAACCCUCCGUACCAGAAAACGCUACUGUCUACAACCAAGACGACUGUGUUGCAAUAAACUCCGGUACCAACAUCAUCUUUAAGAACGGCUACUGCUCAGGUGGCCAUGGUCUUUCUAUCGGUUCGGUUGGUGGCCGCACCGACAACACUGUCGACGGUGUGUCCUUUCUUACAUCGACAGUUACCAAGUCCGUAAAUGGCAUUCGCAUCAAAGCCAUCGAAGAUGACACUGGGACCAUCACUGACGUGGAAUAUGACGAUAUCACCCUAUCUUCUAUCUCUAAAUAUGGUAUCCUCAUUGAGCAAAACUAUGACUCGGGAGAUCUAGAUGGAGGUACUGCCUCUAGUGGCGUCCCCAUCACCGAUCUGACCAUCAAGAAUAUUGUCGGUACCGGAGCGGUCUCUAGCAGCGGCUACGAUGUGGUCAUCACGUGCGGUAGCUCUGGUUGCUCUGACUGGACCUGGUCAAGCGUCGCUGUUACCGGUGGGAAGAAGUAUGGUUCCUGCACUAACGUGCCCAGUGUUGCAGCUUGCUCUUGA